AUGGAUAUUCAACAACACUCGGGUAAACAAAUCUCGCAAGAGUUUCCACCCUCAACAUUUCAAAGAUCCCAAGAGUUUAAUAAUAAUAAUAAUUAUUCAGUUUUCCCAGUAAUGAUACCAUUUGAAGGAUCUCCAAAAUUAUUUGAAGAUGUUUUAAUACCAGUCACAUCCUCUGCUAAAGAUGGUUCUUUAUUUACAGUAUUAGAAAACGUUCCAGUUAAAAGAACCCACAGAAGAAGAAGCGCAAAUGUGGAUAAAGAUUCCUUAAAAUGUUACCAAUGUAAUACAUCAAAUACACCAGAGUGGAGAAAAGGACCAGAUGGACCAGCAACAUUGUGUAAUGCUUGCGGUUUGGCAUACGCUAAAAAGCAAAAAUUGGGUUUAAUGGGUCAAAAUGUAUAUAAAGCUACAGUUAUAAAUAAAAAGAAUAUGAAAACUACAAACCAACCACGUGCACAAAAAGUUUUUAAUGAAAUGGUCGUUCCUUCUAUUCCAAACACAUUCCCAAAUAGUCUAGUCAACCAAACCCCAUACAAUGACCCAGCAUCUUGUAAAAAGAGCCACACCUUCCACGAAUAUAUGACACCAAUAAACUCUUUCUAUACUGGUAAACCAAUUAAAACCACAAAGACAACAACCAAGAGAUCGAAAUCAAAGAUUGGCAAAAUUAUACCAUCAAUUCAUGAGCAACCACAAUUAAAUGAACAAGUUCAGGCAAUUAUGGAAAAAAACAGGCUAUCUAAUAGCACAGGUUCUGGAAUAACUAAUAAAUUCCCUAGACAUGAAGUUAUUAGACAAGAAACAAAACAACAACCAGCACAACCAUUACAACAACAGCAACAACAACAAUUAAAUUCCCAACAUAUAGUUUUUAAUUUUGAAAACAAUGGUACCAAUAGUUCAUUGUAUAGUAAUGGGGUUAAUAGAAAUACAAAUUUAAAUAAUAAGAGUGGUUGUUACGUUUAUCCACCAGAUACAAUUAUUGAUUUGUCACCAACUAACCAAGAACAUCUUAAUUUCGAUCCUUCAAAUUCAACUGUUCCAAACAUGCUCGCAACUGGUGUAGACGUAUAUACAACCGAUCAAAGUUCUUUUGUACCUGUCUUAAAUGUAAAUAAUCCAAGCUAUGCUAUUCAAUUCCAAAAUGCUAUCCCAACUUUUCCAAAUCCACAAACUCAAUCGUUAUCACAGCCAUUUUUGUCAUUUUCUAACUAUGAUAGUAGUGCUAGUAAUAAAAUUAAUAAUGACAACAACAUAAAUAAUAACAUUGAUAGUAAUAAACUUUUAUUACCACCACAAAGAUCUUUACAAACUAGCACCGGUUCAAAUAUUGAUGUUAAGGUCGAAAGCUCACCAACUUCAGAAUUGGGAUCGAGCCCAACAGAGGGUUUCGAGGAAUUAUCUGUAAAUACUCCACAUAAUAAUAAUAUUAAUAACGAUUCAACUUCAAUAGCAAAUACAAAGACAGCAACUAAUAACAAUUUCCAAGCAAAUGGUUAUUUAUUUGGUGCAAUGGAUGGUUAUCUCGGCAAUGACAAUUUCUUAAAUAUUCCACUCAUUAAUGAUGACAUUCUUUUACCCAAUUCAAUAAUUAAUAAUUAAUUCAAAUAAAAUUCAAACUUUUUUUGUUUGUUUUUUUUAUU